AUUAUCCCACUACAAAACCGUAAUUUGUUCAUACAGAUACAUUUCCCAUGUCUGGAUAGAAACUAAUAAUUUAAUAUCCUCUUCCAACUGUAAAAGGUCUAAUAAAAAGUUAUAUCUACACAAAAAUUAAUACCCAACAUAGAUAACACUUAUGUGAAAUAGACAGGUUGUGUGUAAACAACACUUAUAAUAUUCGGGAUGGUCGGACAAUUCAGAUUUCGAAAUCAAGAUAAAUACGGUCUCUCGAUCGGAGCGUGAGACUUAUCGCUCUCGACUCCCGACCGCUUCUCCAUCCGGCAAUACAGGUGCGACCCGGCUUAAACGUGGAUGAUAUCAAAAUCGCGUGGAUUUUCCAAAUAACCAAUCAUGGGGGUGAAGGAAUGGUUCCGGCAGAUGCAGCCGGUUCAACUCUACGUGAUACUGGUGAUCACAAUUCUCUUCUUCAUUGUUGAACUGACGGUUAGCCACAUAACUCACUCGCUAACCCUCCUCAUGGACUCCUAUCAGAUGCUGUGCAACAUUUUCGCCCUUACAGGCUGUCUGAUUUCCAUCAAGCAUGGAUCUCAUUCGACGUUAAAUAGUUCAGGAAUGAACAAAGCUGAAAGUGUGGCCAGCAACAUAGGUGAAGAACUAACCUCGACGAAUCCCAAAGGUUGUCAGGAAAUGCCCCAGACGAAGACGUCGAAAGCGAAACAAAAGAAACUGAAGAACACCUUCGGAUGGGCCCGCAUCGAUAUCCUGUCCAUGUUGUUCUGUUGUGUUUUUCUGGCGUCCGUUUGCUUCUCCAUUUUUGUAGAAGCCGUACAGACCUUGGUGCACAUUGACCACAUGGAUGAGAUGCACCAUCCCAUCCCCAUCUUGUGCAUAGGAUGUUGUGGGUUGAUCAUCAACGGGUUGUCCUACUUGUUGAUCGGAGGAUUUACGUUCCACCAGGGUAGUUUUCUGUACGUUACAGCUAGUGGAGAUGUAAUCCUGAACAAAGUGGUGGUGAAUGACGUGAGGAGUGGAGCUAGGAGGCUUUCCAGGACUAAAAAUGUGCGUCCUUCCACCGUUCAACCAAGGCAAAGACAAGGCAUUAAAGAAAUGUUGAGGGACGUCAUUGGUUGCAUUCUGGUAAUACUGUGCUCAAUUUGUGUGUACUACGCCGACAAAAAUGAAAUUGCCAAGUACAUAGAUCCAGUUGUUUCCCUAGUUUUUGUCGCCGUUUUGACCAUCCUCAGUUACCCUUACAUGAAGGAAAGCUGCUUCAUUUUGCUGCAAACAAUCCCAGACACCAUAGACAUAGAAUCACUAAAGACAGAACUGCUGCAGCAUUUUCCUGAAAUUGUGAACGUGCACGAUUUCCACGUGUGGCAAUUGACAGCGUCGAAAAUCAUAUCUACGGUGCACAUCAUUUUCCAAAAUCCCAAGGUUUACAAAAGAAUAAUGAAUGACAUCAACGAAUUUUUCAUUGACAAUGGCAUCACGCAAGUGACAAUACAGCCUGAAUUUUUUACAAACUCGACGAGCACUGAAAGUCUAGCGGACAAUCCGCCUCUUUGUUUGGUUGCGUGUCAAUGUGAAGGUUGCAAGGAGAAAAUGUGCUGCAAAGAAAUUGAGAGCCCUCGUAGUUUGGCGUCUUCCAAAGAGGUGAUAGAUCCCAGUGCUGUGCAAUCGAAGACAAAUUCCACGGAGACUUUAGAUCGAACGACCGAAGAAAAAGUGGAGAGUGGGACCAUUAGCAACGGAAAUCAGACGACUGUUACGGCUAAUUAAAUGCGACUGAUUUUUAGUUUUAAGGUUUUAUUAUGUGUGACAGCUGUGAGACGUGAAAUUGGGACGUUUUUUUUGACGAAACUGUUUUUGAUUUGAAAAUCUCAGGUGAUAAUUUGUGAUAGUGCAUUAACAUUUAUUACGCUACGACUGUCUUCAGCAAAUAGAUAGUGUAUUAAAUCGCGUAAAUUUUUGAACGUUUUAUUUUAAGACGGUCCAUGAAUUUUUCAACAAAUAUUAUAAAUUCAUCAUAUUACGCGACAACCAAGAGUUACCGGCACAAUUAUGUAAAAAUCAAUGUAUCUAACCAAUUAUGUUAAAACUAAUUUUAAUUAUAAAUUGUAAGAUUGUAUUUUAUUAAAACACAUAAAUUUUA